AAGCUAGCAGCUUUAGCAGCGGUGUUAGCAUGUAGUUUGGUUAGGUCACGAAGUAGAAAUGUAUUGUUAGGUUUUAACCAUAAAUCCAGGGUUUCAUACGUCUUCAAAGAGGCAUUUACCUGGGAAGCACGAGCUGUUCGUAACCAGAUGUUUCUGCCGCUCCGGUAUCUCUCCUCUGUCAGCAUCGACUGAGUUCAGCAUCGAUUAGAAACGGGACAGUAGAGACAUUGUCCUACAAUGUUCACAGACAUGAACUAUGAUUUGGAGGAGGACAAACUCGGGAUCCCAACGGUACCCGGCACUGUGACCCUGAAGAAAGAUGCAAACAAUCUUAUCGGCAUCAGCAUUGGUGGUGGAGCACAGUACUGUCCCUGCCUCUACAUCGUUCAGGUCUUUGAUAACACGCCGGCAGCUCUCGACGGGACGCUGGCAGCAGGUGAUGAAAUCACAGGUGUGAAUGGGAAAACGGUGAAAGGAAAAACAAAAGUGGAGGUGGCCAAGAUGAUUCAAACGGUCCAGGGGGAGGCGGUGAUCCACUACAACAAGCUGCAGGCUGACCCCAAACAGGGAAAGUCUCUAGAUAUCGUGCUGAAAAAGGUGAAGCACCGCCUGGUGGAGAACAUGAGCUCAGGCACAGCUGAUGCUCUCGGACUCAGCAGAGCCAUUCUGUGUAACGAUGGGUUGGUCAAACGACUGGAAGAGCUGGAGAAAACAGCCGAGCUUUAUAAAGGCCUGAUGGAGCACACCAAGAGGCUGCUCAGAGCUUUCUUUGAGCUCUCCCAAACUCACAGAGCGUUUGGAGACGUGUUUUCCAUCAUCGGGGUGAGAGAGCCUCAGGCUGCAGCCAGCGAGGCGUUUGUCAAGUUCGCCGAUGCUCACAGGAGCAUUGAGAAAUAUGGAAUUCAGCUCUUGAAGACCAUCAAGCCCAUGCUCCAUGACUUGAACACAUACCUCCACAAGGCCAUACCCGACACCAAGCUCACCAUCCGCAAGUACCUGGAUGUAAAGUUUGAGUACCUGUCUUACUGCCUGAAGGUGAAGGAGAUGGAUGAUGAGGAAUACAGCAGUAUUGCCAUGGGAGAACCGCUAUACCGGGUCAGCACCGGCAACUACGAGUACCGUUUGGUGCUGAGGUGUCGACAAGAGGCCCGCGCUCGCUUUGCCAAAAUGAGGAAGGAUGUUCUGGAGAAGAUCGAGCUGCUGGAUCAGAAACACGUUCAGGACAUCGUGUUCCAGCUGCAGCGCUUCGUCUCCGGCAUGUCGCAUUACUACGACGAUUGCUACGCCAUCCUCAAGGAGGCGGACGUGUUCCCCAUCGAGGUGGACCUGUCCCGCACCGCGUUCAACUACAGCAGCCAGUCCUUAUCCUACACAGACGAGGAGGAAGAGGAAGGAGGAGGAGGAAGAGGAGAGGAGGGAGGAAGCAAUCAAGUAGAAAACGGCACGGCGAAGCUGAUCGACGAUGAAUGAGUGUGUGUGUGUGUGUGUCAGACGUUUAGCCCACCACUGUUGUUUAAGAUCGCUGCUGGAAUAGUUCCCACUGAUGUAACGAAGGGGAAUUCCUCUUAGGUUUGCUGCUGUGUUUCAUUCAUUCAUUCAUUCAUUCAUUUUCUGCCAUUUUGAACGAGGUGACGGGAUUUUCUUACUGCAGGGCUCACGAGGUUGUGCCUUUUGUUUUAUUUUAAUAAUUUUGUCUAUAUUGAAGUUUAUUGGGUGUGUGGUGUUUGUCCGUCUCCAUUAAUGCUGUACCUUUAUAUUAUUUUAUAUUGCACUUUUCUCUCUGACAUCAUUUCAUUACCUAAACGCCAACGCUGCAUCUGUUUGCUGUAAACAAUCCUGAAACAGAUCCCCUAACAAAAAGAAAGUUUUACACAUAAAGCUGUUACACACUUUUAUUUACACCACAGAUCUUUUUUCUUUCCACAGAGGUGGUUCUGUAAUUGUUUCCAACUCCAAAUUAAACUAAAAUGCUGUUUUUGUCAGGUUUUAGGUCUCGUACUGUGUGCUUUAAUUUGAAAAUGUAUUUUUUUUAUUAGUCUUUUGUUCAUUUGCAAGUCAUGAAGCUUUUGACAUUCCAGCUGUGACCCACAAACUUGGAUUUAGGAUUGUGAAUGAAUUCGGAAGACUUAAUGAAUGUUUUUAAGGAAGCAAGUGCUCAUGUGCUCCGGUGGUGUUCGUUUUUCACUGUGUUUAUUUAUUUUGUUUGUUUUUCAAAUAUUCAAGAAUCUAUAUUGAAAAAGACAAAUUUACUGUUUAAAAAAUAUUAAUAAAUUAAUUUGAUCUCUUU